AUGAAAACUGUAGCUUGGGCGCUGCUGGUCCCGGCCUUCGUUCUGGAAGCAUCAGCACUUCUUCUCGCAUCUGAGUGCUCGGACGCGUUGGACGCGCCGGCAUGGGGUAUUUUCAUCGACGGGAAGAAUGCUUCUGAAGGUUCGGAGGCCUAUGGACCAGCUUACACGCAGAAUAUGCUGGACACCUUGAAGGUCGUCUAUGAUCUUCAGAGGAACCACCGAGAUGAGCCGAUUGGUUUUGCCGAUUUCCAGGUCAUUCAAGAAUCCCUCGGGAUGCCUUUUCUCGACACCUAUGCCGGGCUUUUCGAGAUGGCGAAGUUGCCUGGGAGGGAUUUCCGGAAGGCCUAUUCGUGCAUUAGAUCCUCCGUGCCUGCGGAUGCCGUCGCCGGCAUGUUCUCCACAGACAUGGAGGACCUGUAUGACAGCGGAUGUAUUCCCAAUGGGAAGCCCUGCCGUGCCAUAAAACUCCCUGUCCAAGCCACCAUGAAGAAGCUUUUUCAAAGCUAUCACGAGACCUUAGACAAAGCCUCAACGACUCCGGGCCGUCUCCGGGCCUUGGCCUCCCUCAUGAAAAAUUUGGCGUUUCUGCAUCCGCUUCCAGACCGCAACGGUCGUAGCCGUCUGUUGAUCCUGCAGUUCGAGCUUCGUCGCUUGAAGCUGGCAUGUGGUACCAUGAGCUUCAACAACAACAAUAACGUCUACACCGACUCAGUUGAUACACUGGCAGCCAAGAUCCAGGAGGGCAUUGACAUGUACGCUGCAGCCAUGGCCUCUCACCAGAAUCCGUGGUUGGACCAAGGCGUCGGCUUGGGGGUGCUACGCUUCCUGGGGCUGUACCAACCUUUUAAGGGCAUCCCGGAAGGCAAUGUGGAGAAGCACCACCAGAAGUUCCCUCAGCCAUACGCGCUUUUGAUUACACGUCGCCGCAUCAGUGAGGCGGUACUCUGUACUCUGGCGAAAGCGGAGAAAAGGCUUAAUGUCGAGGUCAUGUCAGUUAUGUUCAGUCUUUGGAAUCCGGGAGGACAGUUCUUGCCGCAAACCCAUGGUGCCAAUCAGGAAAUUGUUGCUAUGAUGGUGCCGGAUUAUGCCCUGAUUGGAGAGAUCGUGCUUUAUUCCGUGGGCUUUGGGAAUGCCAAGCCUCUGGCGGCCAAGGCAGUGGCCUCGCUUCGGCUCGGCUCCGAGCAGCUCUCUUCCCAGGACCACUACGACUUUGGCAUGCGUGCGCUUAAGUCUAUCCUCGUGGCAGCUGGUCAACUUCGCAAGAAGUUUGGCAGCAGCCGGGCGGAAGACAUCUUGAUGUUGUCGGCUCUGAACGAUGUGAACCUGCCCAAGUUCACUUCCAAUGACAUCCCGCUAUUCUUGGGAAUCACCGGCGACCUCUUCCCAGGGGUGAAGCUUCCGCCGUCAGACUACGGCAAGCUCAUCAACGAGUUGGAAGGUGCUGCCCGUGCGCGGCAUCUGCAGCCCAAGGCCUCCUUCAUCCACAAGUGCACCCAGCUGUGGGAAACCAUCAUGGUGAGGCACGGGCUGAUGGUUGUGGGCAUGAACGUGUCCGGCAAGUCCGAGGUGGAGAAUGUUCUUGCGGCUGCCCUGGCAGCUGUGGCGGACGGUGACCUCUACCUGCCCUGCCAGAUCCACAAGAUCAACCCAAAGUCUAUCAAGCAGGGCCAGUUGUACGGUGACUUCGAUGAGAACACCCACGAGUGGACGGAUGGAAUUCUGGCGCUGACGGUCCGCUAUACCGCGAACGCCGAUCCGAGCCACCGUCAGUGGAUCAUGCUGGAUGGGCCCGUGGAUGCUGUGUGGAUCGAGAACAUGAACACGGUCCUCGAUGACAACAAGAAGCUCUGCCUCAACAGCGGUGAGAUCAUCAAGCUAAGCCCGGUGACCACGAUGAUGUUUGAGGUGGAGGACUUAUCCGCCGCCUCACCGGCCACGGUGUCACGUUGUGGCAUGGUCUUCAUGGAGCAGGCAACCGUCCCGCAGCGCGACCGCGUUUUUGCCUUCCGCGAUUUCGUGGUGCGGACUUUCGAAGAGGAGCUGCGCAGCGGACCUGUCUUGGACAUGGCCGGAG